CUGCCCCCCCCAGGCCUCGGCGGAGGCAUUGCUAGGGUCGGCGUAGUCGUGCGCGGAUGGUCGUGCGGAAGUCAUCAUGUCGCGGGAGUUCGAGCUGUGCCCUGGGCGCCACAUUGGUGGCGAGCAGCCAUGUUUCAUCAUCGCAGAGAUCGGGCAGAACCACCAGGGCGACAUGGCCAUCGCCAAGCGCAUGAUUCGCAUGGCCAAGGACUGUGGAGCAGACUGUGCAAAGUUCCAGAAGAGUGAGCUGGAGUACAAAUUCAACAAGAAAGCCUUAGAAAGGCCUUAUACCUCUAAACACUCCUGGGGAAAGACCUAUGGUGAGCACAAGCGCCACUUGGAGUUUAGUCAUGAACAAUACAGAGAGCUAAAGAAAUAUGCAGAGGACAUUGGCAUUUUCUUCACAGCUUCUGGCAUGGAUGAGAUGGCUGUGGAAUUUCUACAUGAACUGGGUGUCCCAUUUUUCAAAGUAGGAUCGGGAGAUACAAACAAUUUUCCAUAUUUGGAAAGGACUGCAAAGAAAGGUCGCCCAAUGGUGAUUUCCAGCGGGAUGCAGUCAAUGAGCACAAUGCAUCAGGUUUAUCACAUUGUGAAGCCCAUCAAUCCAAACUUCUGCUUCCUGCAAUGCACCAGUGCAUACCCACUUCAGCCAGAGGAUGUCAAUCUCCGUGUUAUAUCGGCAUAUCAGUCAGCUUUUCCUGAUAUCCCCAUUGGCUAUUCGGGGCAUGAAACUGGUGUCGCCAUUUCAGUGGCAGCUGUUGCUAUGGGUGCUAAAGUAGUGGAACGCCAUGUGACUCUUGACAAAACAUGGAAAGGAAGUGACCACCAAGCAUCCCUGGAACCAAAUGAACUGGCAGAGUUAGUGAAAGCCAUCCGUACUGUGGAAAAAGCAAUGGGUUCUCCAGUCAAGCAACUCUUGCCCUGUGAAAUGGCUUGCAAUGAAAAGCUAGGAAAGUCUGUUGUGGCAAAAGUGACAAUUCCUGAAGGUACAGUACUGACACUUGACAUGCUGACAGUGAAGGUGGGAGAGCCUAAGGGAUUUCCCCCAGAAGCCAUCUUUGAUCUGGUGGGCCAGAAGGUUAAAAAAAAUAUUGAAGAAGAUGAAACCAUCACUGAGGAAGCAGUGGGAACUCAUGUCAAAAAACUGAAGUGCUAAACCCAAGCACUCCAUUCCAUAUUUCAUGAUGUACUGCACAACAUAUUUAAGUAUACCAGCAUGGUGGAUUAGAAGAAAGGGGUGUAAUUAUGAGCAUUUAAGCAGGCUAGAAUUUUCAGGUUCUCAUUAGCAGGAAAAUUGCUAAAGGAAGCAGCAAGUGUACAUGAAUUAUGAAGAGCAAUUUUAUUAGAAAUUGAAUAGAUUUGUGUCUAGAAAAUACCAUGUUCCUCCUUCCUUCAUUUCAGUUCACCUAGAUUAAUUUGGAGUUUUGCAAAAUCUAAAACCACAGUCUGAUGCUUUCCAACUUCCCUUUUCUGGCAAGAGUACAGUAAAUCACAAUAAUUUUGUCUACACUUUGAAUUGUUCUAACUCUGUAUCUUGACGUUCCUCUAUUCUGCUUUUUUCCUCACCCCUGUGAUAACAGGAUGCUAGUUGUAGUUGAAUUAGGUAAGUGAAAGUUUACAUACACUGAACAGAAAACUACGCGUGGAACUUCAUGGAUUUUUCUCAAGAUGAAAGCCUUAACAUAAAAAGUCUCAAGAUAAAGCAGUGGGUUGCAGGAAUCUGCACUGUGUGGAAGAUGAAUUUGAGAAAACUAGGUUCUCAAGAGAUAGUACUGAGAAAGGAAGCAAAUUUGAUAUAUAGAAAGAUCCCAUUUAGGAGAAAGCCUUUUUGUACUCUUUGUGAACUGAAAACCAAGAGGGCAAGCCAGACAGAUUAAGCGGGAGAAAAAGUAGAUCUGAGGUGAAUCAGUGGAAAUAAACUUAACCUAUGUUUCAAAAACACGUCAAAAGCAUCUGUUAUGAGCUGAGUGAAGCCGGGAAUUGUAAAUCAGUUCUGCAGUUUGGGUACCUCUAUUUGUACCACGGGGCAAUUUUUCAGGUAGAAAGCCAAAUGCUGGUGAAGAUUCAGCAGUCUCCUUCCUGUACUAACAAGCAAUUACAUUGGGUUGGGUUUUCUCCCCUGACAUUAGUGUUUGAGACAGCUGAGGCUGGCUGCUUGACUAGAUCACAUCACUGUGCUUCAGCAUGGUGGUCUGUGCUCCUCUUGUGCGUUCUGCCCUUGCAUGAUAGCUUCUUACUUUUCAGGUGAUAAACGCAAUCCCACUCCUGUCAGCCUGCUGCUCUUCCUUUUGUCCAGGAAGGAGCCAUAUGGCAGCAGCUGCAAACCAGGCGUCCCUCAAUUAGUUUCACUAGCACAGAACUGCUUUGGUAUAAUUCAUCUGCAUUUUUUCUGUGGUGGAAUCAUUUACUAGUGAUGGUUAUUUGGAACUUGCUACAUCUUGGUCAUGAGUUGGUGAACUAUCUUAAAUUUGAUGGUGGUGUUUCUGUACCUGCAAGCUGUUUGCUUUCAAAAUGUUUAGCCUUCUACAAUUCUGAGGAAACUAUUCGUAUCUUUAAAGUGGGAAGAAUAGAUUCUUUGAGUCAUGUGCUUGACCAUAUGUGAGCUCUGGUUGAUUGCAUUAUGCUUGCCUUUCAUUAAAAAACUACUCAACUGUUAAAAAGAA